AUGGCAACAAAGAAACCUCCAAGAGGUCGUCAAAAGAUAAAAAUGACUAAAAUUAAUGAUCUUAGUCACCGACAAGUAACUUUCUCAAAAAGACGUUUAGGCGUCUUCAAAAAGGCUAGUGAAAUAUGCACUCUAUGUGGUGUACAAGCCAUUAUCAUUGUGUUCUCCCCAGGGAAUAGAAUCUUCUCUUUCGGACACCCAAAUGUUGAAUCUGUCGUAGAUUGUUACCUUUAUUGUAACCCAUUAUCAUGUCCUCCUCAAACAACAAGUAGCAAUACUAAAAAUAAAAAUGUUGAUGUUGGACAAAACUCUACUCUAAACACACUCAACUCACAAAUUACAAAAACACUUGAUCUACUUGCAAUUGAAAAGAACAAGGGAGAAGUACUCAAGAAUUUAUUGAGGAAAUCUAGCCAAUGGUGGUGGGAAGCACCUAUUGAUAACCUUGGGUUGCAUGAACUUGAGGUUUUAGGUGUUUCUUUGGAGGAUCUUAAGAAAAGUAUAGCUAGUCAAGUAGUGUUUUUGGAGAACCAAAGAUCCAACAUGGCAAAUAAUGCAGCUGAUUUUGAAGCCAGGAUUGUAGGAUUUGCUUAUCCUCAUCAAGUUGGAAGUAUUCAUGCACUAAAGUUCCUUUAA